AGCUUUUUUUUCCCCUUCCCGCUCUCUUGUCCUUCAGCUGCAGUCCUCCCUCGCUCCUCGUCUUCACAUCAACUCGUGGACGUUAUUCUUGGCAACAACCAUGGCUACAGCUGGAAAGGUCAUCAAGUGCAAGGCAGCAGUGGCCUGGGAGCCCAACAAGCCCGUAGUGAUUGAGGAGAUUGAGGUCGCCCCACCUCAAGCCAAUGAGGUUCGCAUCAAGAUUGUGGCAACAUCGGUGUGCCACACAGACCUGUACCAUCUUUUCGAGAGUAUGCAUAAAGAUGGCUUCCCAACUGUCCUCGGCCACGAGGGAGCCGGCAUCGUUGAGAGCGUGGGGCCUGGAGUUACGGAAUUUCAGCCAGGAGACAAGGUGAUUCCUCUUUUCCUCUCUCAGUGUAAAGAAUGCCACUUAUGUAAGAAUCCCAGGACCAACCAGUGUGAGGUAGCAUGGACCAGGAUUAAUCAGGCCAUCAUGGCUGGAGUGGAAUCCAGGUUUACCUGUAAAGGGAAGAGGGUGCUGCAGUUUAUGGGGACCAGCACCUUCUCUGAGUACACUGUGAUCAAUCAGAUGGCUGUGGCUAAGAUUGAUCCUGCUGCUCCUCUGGACAAAGUCUGUCUUCUUGGAUGUGGGAUCUGCACUGGAUAUGGGGCAGCUGUUAAUACCGCUAAGGUUGAGCCGGGCUCCACCUGUGCUGUGUUUGGUCUGGGAGCUGUGGGUUUGGCUGCAGUCAUGGGCUGCAAGGCUGCAGGAGCCAAAAGGAUUAUCGCCGUUGACGUCAAUCCAGACAAGUUUGAGAAGGCCAAAGUGUUUGGAGCCACCGACUUUGUGAAUCCCAAAGAUCACGAUAAACCUAUCCAUGAAGUGCUCACUAAGAUGACCAAUGGAGGCGUGGACUACUCAUUGGAAUGUGUUGGGAAUGUGCAAGUCAUGCGCAGUGCCCUGGAGUCUUCAGCCCAAGGUUGGGGUGUCAGUGUGAUUGUUGGAUGGACAGACUUGCAUGACAUAGUUAUUCGACCGGCUCACCUCAUCUCUGGACGUACGUGGAAGGGCUCCAUGUUUGGAGGAUUUAAGAGUAAGGACGGCGUCUCCAAGAUGGUUAAAGACUACCUGGACAAGAAGUUGAAAGUGGACGAGUUUAUUAGUCAGAACAUGACUUUGGAUCAAGCCAAUGAUGCCAUUGAACUCAUGAAGAACUGCAAAUGCAUCCGGGCGGUCAUGAGUGUUUCCCCACCAUAAGACCACUGUGCUUCUUCCAGCAACAUUAAAUCCAGUAGUGUAUCACUACAAUCAGUUUAAAUAGUUCAGUGAAUUCCUCUGUGGACGUUCAUAUGAAUUCAUAUGAGCAAAAAUUAAAAAAGCAACUGUGUUCAUGGAUAAAUAAAAUGGCAUGAAACAGAUUGGUUUGUGAGACUCCUGGUUUUUC